UUUUCAUACAAUCGACAAUUUCAUAUUCAUUUUAUUAGUUUAUAACUUAUUCUCUAGGUGUCACUAUAUUCUAUGCAGUUAUAAGUUUCCUUUCUAGUACAUAGUCAUGAAGUUGUGAAUUUUUAAAGUAGUUUAAAAUAUUUCAAUUUGUUGAUAGUGUAACACGUGGAAAACCAGUGAACAUGGCGGCUGUUGGAGCUGCAAAAGUUCAAGAAGUUCGUGAAAUCACAAGGAUAGAAAGAAUUGGAGCUCAUUCUCAUAUUAGAGGUUUAGGCUUGGAUGAUAGCUUGGAGCCUCGUCAUGUAUCUCAAGGAAUGGUUGGUCAGCUUAUGGCUCGUAGAGCAGCAGGAGUUGUUCUUGAAAUGAUUAAAGAUGGUAAAAUAGCAGGUAGAGCUAUAUUAUUGGCAGGUCAACCUGGUACUGGAAAAACUGCAAUUGCUAUGGGAAUGGCACAAGCUUUAGGAAUGGAUACUCCAUUUACUUCAAUGGCAGGUUCUGAAAUAUAUUCUUGAAUGAGUAAAACUGAAGCUCUGACUCAAGCUAUUAGAAAAUCUAUUGGUGUUAGAAUUAAAGAGGAAACAGAAAUUAUUGAAGGUGAAGUUGUUGAAAUUCAAGUAGACAGACCUGCUACAGGUGUAGGGGCUAAAGUUGGUAAACUGACAUUAAAAACAACAGAGAUGGAAACAACAAGUCCUUAUCAAGAGAAAGAAUUGAAAGAAAUUUUAAAAAUAAGAUGUGAAGAAGAAGAUUGUGAAAUGGCAGAUGAUGCUUUAACAGUUCUUACUAGAAUUGCAUUGGAAACAUCAUUAAGAUAUGCGAUUCAAUUGAUUACGACUGCUUCUCUCGUUAGUCGACGAAGAAAAAGUACAGAAGUCAAUAUUGAUGAUGUGAAGCGUGUUUAUUCACUGUUUCUUGAUGAAAAUAGAUCCACUCAGUUCUUAAAAGAAUAUCAAGAUGAUUUUAUGUUUAAUGAAAUACCGGAAGAACCAAUGGAAAUAUCGUAACAAUAGGUAAAUGAAUAGAAAUUUUGAAUGUUCAAUAAAAGUUUAUAAUUUUUUA